UUUAAGACAGAAUGAGACAACAAUAAACAGAAAACACAUGUCAAGUGUCAUUUGAGGUCAAUGUACUGAUACGUAACGGACCUCCCGAAACUGGUUCUGGCCAGUUUUUGCUUUAACCGAAGCUUCCCGAGAGAGAUUGUACCAAUCAAAUUGAUGCGUUAAUUUCCGUAUGACUACGAGCCAGUUACGUAAAUCAUCGAUAUUGACUGACUGGUUACUAUUUAUGCUAUUCGUGGACGUUGUCUGAAAAGUAUUAGAACCAUUCGCGCACUUGACCUUGACCGACACUAAAAAAAACAACAAGAAGAUGCCAGAAAAAAAGAAGAAUUAUUCAUCAAAAUAUAACAACGCGUGGGAACUGGAAUUUUCUUGGCUUAGAAAAGCAGACAAUGGACCUAGUUUUGCUUUCUGCAAGCUAUGUAGGAAGAAAAUGAAAAAGUCUGACCAUUUAAUGAUUCCGAGAUCAGUGCGUUCCAAGAAAAAAGAAGAAAUAAAGCAAACUUCAUGCAGAGAUCAGAAUACCAGGCCAAGCCAUGCAAUCAAGAAAUCACGAAAGGACUGCCCUUCACCUACUAGAAACAUUGUGCGAGAAACAUUGACUGAUUUAGUAAAUCAAAGCUGUAUUACUGAAGAAACCAGGCUGAAAAAAGUUUACAUGAAUGUUGCCCCAGCUAGUGUUUCUGAAGCAAUUAUGUUACAGCAAAAUGCCCCUUAUGUAGACGUUGGCCCUGUAUCUUAUAGUAAGAGAGUACCAGUCUACCAUAGGAACAGGAAACCAGUCCAGGAUACCAGUGAUAGGGGACACGCAGUAUACACAGGAUUAGCCUGGGAACCAGAUGUGUUCUCACAUAGAAACACUUCUAGAAUGGAUGAUAGGCAUUCAGAUAGGAAGGGUUACUAUCCAAGACAAUGGGAGUACACUGAAGUUGGCCAGCAGUACCUGCGUCACCCUUCCUGGCACAGAGGAUUUGAGUUCACUGUAAUGAGUUACAAUGUUUUGGCACAGAACCUGUUGGAAGACAACUACAACAUGUAUUACAACAGUCCACACAAAGUCUUGGAUUGGAAAUAUCGCAAGAAGCAAUUGCUGAAGGAGCUGAGAUACCACAGUCCUGAUGGGAAAGCAUCAUUCGUUCAAAAUGUCAGAUUGAAUGUCAGUACCCCGGGAGAGAAACGUGGUACAAAAAGGAAGCUUGCCUCAAAAACAUUUGAGGUUAUUUGUCUGCAGGAAGUUAACUGUGAUCAUUAUGAGAACUUCUUCUUACCUGAACUACAGAAUCAAGGAUAUGAUGGUGUGUACAUGAAGAGAACAGGAGAUAAACUGGAUGGUUGUGCAACUUUCUUCAAGAAACAUAAAUUCACUUGUGUGCAAGUUGUUAAAGUUCCUUAUUGUCACAGUAGUGGUGGUAUUGUUCUAGACAGGGAUAAUGUUGGACUGAUUGUGAGACUCAGGCCCAGAACAACAUCAUUGCCAGCACACAAAACUCUCACUGUAGCUAACACUCAUUUGUUAUUUAACCCCAGACGAGGAGAUGUUAAACUUGCUCAGUUAAUGGUGCUGAUGGCAGAAAUUGAUAAAUGUGCAUACCUUUGGAGCCAUCCUGACACAUACCAGGCUAUAAUCAUGUGUGGAGAUUUUAAUUCAGAACCGCACAGUGACAUAUAUAAACUCAUAGUUAUGGGAUAUUUGCAGUAUGAGGGGCUAUUGGUUAGAGAGAUCUCUGGACAACAGGAGGGUAAAUAUGGUCGUGGGACAGCUACACUAGACAAAAAUUUCUUUCCCAGUGAAAUUGGAAUUAGUGAUACCUGUCAGUAUUGUAAUGUUGUUCGCCAACGUGCACAACCUGACACUAAUGGCGGGAACAGUGAAAAUGUUGAUAUUCAAGUUAUGGAAACUCAGGGCAGUGGCUACUUACAGCAUCAACUCCGACUGAUCUCAGUAUAUGAACACUGGUUGUCUAGACUCAAUUAUAGACAUAGAGAAGUUACAACACAUCAUGGUAAGGCAGCGUGUACGGUAGAUUAUUUGUUUUAUGGAGUUAGGUCAGGGAUGACAAGGUUCUAUAGAGGAGAAGUGGAGACUACAGAAGUUCAGGAAGGGCAUCUGAGUCUUCUCGCACGAUAUGGUUUGUUGUCUAAUCAUGAACUGCAAGAUAUGGGAAGUCUACCAAAUUACGCAUAUGGAUCUGACCAUCUGUCACUUAUUGCUAGGUUCUUGAUGACUUAAUUAGGGAAGUACCUGUUGUUCAGUUAAGUCACAGUUAUAUUCUGUUGCAGGUUUUUUUCAUGUUGGAAUUAAUAUUUUAUUGAGGCAGGAAGACUAAACACAUGUAUUGUUUUAUUCACAAGUUCUGUAUAAGGCUUAGAAUAUAAUAUUUUUUGUUUCCCCUUCUGCUACCUUCUCACAAAAAUGCCCCUACCCAAAAUAUUUUGGCCUCGUGUUUAAGAGUUCUUUAAUGGCAAUAUUUUCAAUUUCGCUCAUCCUUAAUAAUAAAUUUGAAUUAUUUUUAUAAUAAUCUUAAGUAUAGAUGCAUAUGUAAUGAAAAGAUUAUUAGAUUUGCAUUGAGAAAUAUGCACUCGUUCUUUCGCGAAAUAAUAUUGAGCUAAAGUCGAGCAAUAUUUCAACUGAAAACUCAGGCAUAUUUCUAGAUACAAAUUUAAUAACCUAUAUUACAGAGCUGUUUAUGGCUGGAAAAAAAUUGUGCACGUAUGCAGGAGGCACAGACUGAUUUUGUAUCACACAUUAAAAGUUUUAAGUUAAACAGAAAGAUAUUUUCUGUUUGUACCAGCCUAUUCCUAGCCUUUAAUGACAUGGGUUGCGGGAGGGGAAACAAAGUUAUUUUUAAGGUUGGCCUUGCUAAAGAGGGUUUUGGUUUUUACUUUAAUUUCUUUAUGAUUUUUCAAGAAUCUUAUGUUUUCAGUCAAUUUUUUUCAAAAGAUCUUUAUAGGUGAUGAAUAUAUUUUUGAAUUGUGUGUUUAUAAAUUUUGAUUUUAUGACCAAAAAUGUAUUUAGCCACCAAGUAGAUAAAAUAAAUCUAUUAACACAUCA